AUGAUGAGUAGAGGAUAAGCCAGCCGCGCGCCGCUGCCCAUUCUCCAUAAGCAAGGAACGAGUUUCCGGGUGGCGAUCGCUGGAAGGGCUCCGUGAGCACCCCUAAUUAACCUGAUUUUUUGCUGAUAAUCACUCUCAAUGGAAUCAAAUCAAAAAUCCGGGGAUGGAUUGAGCGGCACUCAGAAAGAAGCAGCCCUCCGCGCACUCAUUCAGCGCACAGGAUAUAGCUUGGUCCAGGAAAACGGACAAAGAAAAUAUGGUGGACCUCCCCCUGGCUGGGAUGCUGCACCCCCAGAGCGGGGCUGUGAAAUUUUUAUUGGAAAACUCCCCCGAGACCUUUUUGAGGAUGAACUCGUUCCACUUUGUGAAAAAAUUGGGAAAAUCUAUGAAGUGCGGAUGAUGAUGGACUUUAACGGAAAUAACCGAGGCUAUGCUUUUGUUACAUUCUCCAACAAGCAAGAGGCCAAAAACGCCAUCAAGCAGCUAAACAAUUAUGAAAUUAGAAAUGGACGUCUCCUCGGGGUUUGUGCCAGUGUAGACAACUGUCGAUUAUUUGUUGGGGGAAUUCCAAAGACCAAAAAGAGGGAAGAGAUCUUGUCAGAAAUGAAAAAGGUCACAGAAGGAGUGGUCGAUGUCAUCGUAUACCCUAGCGCUGCAGACAAAACCAAGAACCGGGGCUUUGCUUUCGUGGAGUAUGAAAGUCACCGAGCUGCAGCCAUGGGCAGAAGGAAACUACUCCCAGGGAGGAUUCAGUUGUGGGGACAUCCCAUUGCAGUAGACUGGGCAGAACCAGAGGUGGAGGUUGAUGAAGACACAAUGUCUUCUGUGAAAAUCCUUUAUGUGCGAAACCUCAUGCUGUCUACCUCUGAAGAGACCCUCGAAAAGGAAUUCAACAGCAUUAAACCAGGUUCCGUGGAGAGGGUGAAGAAAAUCCGAGACUAUGCUUUUGUACACUUUAAUAACCGUGAUGAUGCAGUGAACGCCAUGAAAGCUUUAAAUGGAAAGGUAUUGGAUGGUUCUCCUAUUGAAGUUACAUUAGCCAAGCCAGUGGAUAAAGACAGUUACGUGAGAUACACCCGAGGCACAGGUGGCCGGGGCUCUGGGCUGCAAGGGGAAUACACCUACCCCCUGGGACAUGUUUAUGACCCAGCCACAGCCUACCUGGGAGCCCCUGUCUUCUACGCCCCACAGGCCUAUGCAGCCAUUCCAAACCUCCACUUUCCAGUGGCCAAGGGACCCCUCAGCAACAGAGCCAUCCUCCGGCCCCCUUCUAUUAGAGAAAUUUACAUGAAUGUCCCUGUAGGGGCUGCGGGAGUUAGAGGACUGGGCGGUCGUGGAUAUUUGGCCUACCUGGGCCGGGGGCGUGGCUAUCAGGUCAAAGGAGACAAGAGGGGAGAGGACAAACUCUACGACAUUUUACCUGGGAUGGAGCUCACACCAAUGAACCAAGUUACCUUAAAGCCUCAAGGAAUGAAACUUGCUCCUCAGGUCUUAGAAGAAAUCUGCCAGAAGAAUAACUGGGGACAGCCAGUGUACCAGCUUCACUCGGCCCUUGGCCAAGACCAAAGACAACUUUUCCUUUACAAAAUCUCUAUUCCAGCUCUUGCCAACCAGAAUCCAGCAAUUCACCCCUUCACUCCUCCAAAACUUAGUGCCUUUGUUGACGAAGCCAAGACCUAUGCAGCUGAGUACACCCUUCAGACCCUGGGAAUUCCCGUGGAAGGAACCGAGGCUCUGCCAACCGCUGCGGCUGCGGCUGCUGCUUUCCCAGGCUACGCCAUUGCGAAUGCAGCUGCCACUAUGUCUGCAACUCAGCUGAAACAGGCUGUGACCCUUGGCCAUGAUCUGGCAGCGUACACGACCUAUGAAGCCUACCCUGCCUUUGCCGUGGCUGCUCGUGGGGAUGGAUUCGGGACCUUCUGAAGACUGUUUUUUUGUAUGUUUGUUUUUUAUUUAAAAACAAGAGACACGAAACUCGAUGUAGACAAAAACCACCCUUAAUUCUCCUUAUUUUUCUACAAAAGUGUAAAGUAUCCAUUUCCUAAACUUCCUUGUUCAUUAGCCACUGGGGUUGUUUUGGCAGGCAUUUUUCCUAAAUUAAAACAAAUGGGUAUGAAUCCGUUUUCUAAUGUGGAAAGGGAAGCGAUUCUGGCCCCGAGAGACAUUCUAUAGGAGAUAUUGGGGGUCACCUUGGUAUGGAUGUUUACAAAAGAAGGGGUAGACUGGAGUCAGAUAUUUCAGGCAAUAGGAAGCAUGGGCUGAGCCACUCAUAGAAAUGAGGGACCACCAACAACUCAGAUUUAACAUCAGACCUAAAUCGUGGGGCACAAAGUCCCAGAAGGCUAACAUCCCAUAGUCCCUCUCCCAUCUGGGUCCCCAUCUCUACCCUGGGCUUUGUUUAUAGGCCAGGAGAUAUUUCCCAAGUAAUCACUUCUGGACUUUCCAUUCUGUUGAAGAAAAAUACUUUUCUAGUAAACUCAGGACUUCCUUGGAAUUUCCAUAAAGACAUUAAAAGCAGUGUGGGACCCCACUGGAAAUCAGCCCUGUGGGCAUACCCAGAAUGAUUCUACCCCUAGGUUCCUGCCUCAGUUUUCAACUCAGUUCUGAUCAACCCCAGGAAGAUUUCUUUUGAAUACAUUUUGUUUGGACUUUAUACAUUAUUAGGAAAUGGGGAAAGAUCUCAGAGAAGCCCUAAAAUCUCUGUCAGUCUUUUGUGAGAGACUGUAACCGCCCUAAGGAAGGAAUUUGUCAUCUUUUUAAUCAUCAUAUCUCCCUGCCCCUCAUAUUGUUCCCUGUAGAGGUGCCAAUAUAUUGAAGACUCGUUGUUUAGUUGAUAUGGGAAAGCUUGGCAUCAUAAAUCUCCAUUCAGGCAAAUAGCGACACUUUUAUAAGUGACAAUCUAAAAAAACUGCCCAAGAUUCAGAUAAGUUAGAGCAGUUUCCCACUUCUGAUCCCAGAGGUGGGAUUUGAACCUACAUAUUCCUUAUUUCAAGGCUGGUACUCUAUUCAUCAUAUGAUUAUUUAGGAGAUCAAUUCAAGUCUAUUGAAUUAUAUUGCCAGUCACAGAGAACUGGAUGAAGAUGUACCUCUAUAGCAAUAAGACAGAGGAUGGAUCUACUCCUUUUUUCUGGAUCUUGGGGACCAUUAAGCUCUCUUGGAUUUGGCCCUGAACCUUCUUUCAAAUCUAACCACAUGACAAUUAACAUGAGAACUCAUUACCUUAAUUUUCUUCCUCUUCUCAUAAACAUCAAACACCUUUGGCAAAUCAACAUUCUUGUUUCAUUCUGCCUCCCCAGGGAGGCUUUGCCCCCAUCCUCUUAACAACCACAGGCUAUUUAUCCAGACCUGGUUCCCUACCACCAUUCCAAAAGCACACUAAAAAGUACACAUGCCCCUUCCCCAGGUAGCCUGAUGAGGAGCAGGGGAGCUGGGAGAUGAAGAAAAGAUACUCCAAUCCAAUCUGCCAGAAUGGUGGUUUGCCUAACCAAGCAGGCAGCCUGUGGGCUUCAGGCCCACUCAGACACCAAUUUCCUGGAGAAGUCCCUCUCCAAGUCUCAUUAAUGGAAAAUCAAUAAAACAUACUCAAAUUCCCAUUCAGAAAUCCCUCGGCCCCCAUAAACAUUUCUAAGAUCAAAUCAAAAGACUGGCUGAAAAUGAUGUCAGAUCCCAAAAGGGAUAAUGGGAUCCAAGACAGACCUUGUCCCCAUGAGCCCCCAGGCACCACCUGGCUGAGCAAAAAAAAAAAAAGAAGCACUAUUAGAACCCAUUGGCACCAUGCUCCUUCAAAGUCUCCAGAUGUUCCGCCUCACUGUUCCUCCUUUUGGGUCCAAAUCACUAAGCACAUUCUGCUUCUCAAAUCCUCUAGGAAAUGGGCCUCCAAUUUGAAGCCAUUUUUCUUUCAGUGCAAAUCCUUUCCCUUGAGUUCUCUUUACCUUUCGCAAAACCCAAUCCAAUCUGACAAAUAUUUGUUAAGCACCUGCUAUACGCCAAGUACUGUCCAAGGUACUGAGAACUUUGGACCAGUCACAACCUCUCAGUGUGCUGGGCACCUCGAUAUUACUUUAGAUUAAAUAAAUGAACUGAUAUGAAUUGGGAAAGGAGUUUCCUUGCCCAGGAGUUUGCCAAUGAAUCAAGCACCCAUUCUUUGCAAUAUAAAAGCAAUGAAACAAAACAAAUAAAACGAAACCAAAGGAUACCUCUUUUAUUAGAAAGCAUCAACUCUCAGCUACCUAUCAGUUCUGCUGACAAGAGAUUAAAAAUGAGAAAUGGUUCAUAGGGUGAAAAAUGUAUCCUUGGGCCAAGACAAAGAAAAGCACUUUCUCAAUGAAACAGAAGAUUGUACAUUCAGAACUUCAAGAGAUACUAAAAGACACCAAGCCAAUCCCCUCAUCUUGUAAAUAAGAAAUCUAAGGUUCAGAAAGUUUAAAUGAUUUGUCCCAACACACACAGCUAGUUAAAAAAAAAAUAACCCUUUCCCCCAAAUAGUCAGAACAGCGAUUUCAUAAGUAUAGAGUAAUUAGAAGAGAUUUUGAAAUUCAAAAAUUAAGAAACAUACAGAAUAGGUGGAGAAUGAGAAAUAACCCAAUAUGAAUUUCAUUCCAUAAGCAGAAAUGAGGCUGACUAUGUCCCAAAUAGAUUUCCAUGGCUCUGUCCUUCUUAGAUUGCCUUGUCUUUCCCUAGAUGCCCCCUGGAAGGAAGCCAUUCACUUCAAUGACUGAAUCACUCUCUGGGAUAAUAAUCCCCAUCCUUAUUCAAUGUCAUCCUAACUUACUUGCUAGUUAGCUAACAAUUUCGUUAGCAGGACAUCCAUAAAGCUCCCAGGAAGUUACCUCAGAUCAGGAAAAUGUUGGAUUCAGAGUAUUUCUCAAAAGAAAAAGCAAAUCCUCCUGGAGUUACAAUUCAAAUAUUAUUUUGUACUGAGAGAAGAAUGAGAUUACAAGUUAUUUGCCAGCAUUAUCCAUGUAGAAACAUUUUUUUCAGAUAUUAUUUUACUUAUAUAGAAGAACUCGCCGCCAUGUUCUUCCCAGGCUAGUGCUCAGCUUUUCAACAAAACAAUUUCCCUCUAAUUUUCAGUUUAUAUUCAGUGUCACUAGGUUUUUUAAAACUAAUUCUGCUUUAUGACUCUAUUUGGAGCUAUCAAGCCAUUAUUAGAUUGGGGACAGGGGGAGUCUACACUGAAUCACUUGUUGGGUUGGAGAUAUUCUCUAAAAGGUAGAAUUUCCUUUUCAUUUCUUUGGCACUCAGAGCCAUAUAAGGAAUGUUAGAGCCUGCUGAAUACUGACUGCCCUUGGCCUUGGCUUCCUUGUAGAGCCAUAGAUCUGGCUAGCUCAUUCCUCCUAGUCUUAUGAUUAAUCUUCUCUUAGAAGCAAAAAUAAAUAUUAGAGUAUUUCAGUUUCUUGAAGGAAGGUCAUACAGUUGCUUGUUUGAAGGGAGAUUUUUAUUUUCUAUAGCUUGCUUGUAUUCCAUCAUAGCUGGUUAUAGACUUUUCUUUAAAGAUCUUUUCUAGUUCUAGUACCAAAACCUCUUAGCCCAGUAUAUUGUGAUAAUUACCGAAAAGGGGGAAUAUCCAAAAAUUAACAUAAAAAGAGACUUGGCACUUUUUUUCCUUUUUGUAAAUACAUUAUUUUAUAUUGUAAAUACACAUUGGAGAAAGUAAUUAGUCCUGUUACACAAUUGGCACUAUUAAUGAACUCUGUGAUCAGCCUUCUAAAAAAAAUCAAAUCAUAGCCUGGUGGCCUUGAGAUACUUUCUGAACAAGUGACAGAAAUUCCCUUACAACGUGCUUAGUACUUUGGGGGAUGUGAGCAACUAAUUCUCAUCUAUAACUGCAAUGAUUCACAAUAAUCAUCCACAGGCAGUAGGAUCUGACUUUGGGUCCCAGUGAACUCAUUUCUGAAGAUCUGGGCUAAGAUUUAGCUUCACUUUAAAAGCAUUAAGAGGAUGCUCUGCAUAUCCCCAGGACAUCAUUAUAGGAAGUGAAAUGAUGUCUGUACUUUGUCCUCCUUAGAUGAAAAGUAGAUCAUAAAUAUCAAUCAGUACAGAAAUAGAGUUUUCUGAUCCCAAACUCUGCUUUUGUCUGAUUGCAGCCAAUCACACAAAAUAAGAAAUAAAAUAUGGCCAAAAAACCACCCAUGAAUGCAGAAUAAGAUUAUUUUGCUCAGAAAUGGGUUUGAUUAAAAUAGCAAUCUUUUUCCAGCAGCAAUUAGAAAGAAAAUAGAAUGUUUAUGGUUAAUGUACAGCUGGUAGGCUUCUUUGUAUACUAUUUAACUAGAGUAUAUUAUUAGAGGAAGCAAACUCAUGGACAUUUCAGUCUAUAUUUGAGCCUCUCCAUGAUUCCCUGAGGUUGGGUAGGGAAGAUAUGAAACAGCAACAGCAUAAUUAUUAAAUUCUCCACUUCUGUCUUCAUUCCUGCUUUUUAUUUAAGUGAUCCAGGGAGCAGAAGAGAUAUGACCAUCUGUGCCUCUUAGCUUUGUGUGCCUAAGGUCCAAGUGCCCCUUUUCCUAACCCUUGUUACAGCUCUGAUGACCACCAGGAUCAUAGACCUAAGGAUGGAAGGGACUUUAUCCAAUUCAUAGAGAUGAGGAAACUGAGGCCCACGGAUAAAGACAUUUUUCAAACAUAUCCUUAAAUCACUUUACAAAGUAGCCUCUCUCUUCUCAUCCUCCUCUUCUUCCCUCUUCCCCACCCAACUCCCAUCUGCUUCUCAAACAAGCUGGCAACCACACAGACACCUUUACCUUAUUUCCAUUGUGAUGCCUCACUUGGGCCUUUUCCCUCUUGAGAUACGCUCAUAAAUUCCAAUCCCUCCCAUGUUUUUAAAUAAAAAUAUCAGGGAUGGGGGUAGGAUGGAGGAAGAAUCACCCCGUAAUACAUAUGUAUCAAAAAUGAUUUUCCCUCUUCCUCCAUCUCCUACCCACCACAUACACAGUAAGUAGCUUCUCUUGGAAGUUAUUGAAACCCUGUUCUUCAAUGAAAAUUCUCUUCAUGGUAACUUCCAUUCUGUGCCUUUUUAAAAAACAUAAUUACACGAAAUUCUGGCCCAUUGAUAGCCCAGAGUUAUUCAACUUUAGGGAAGUACAUUUUAGGUCUCAAAUGAGAAAUUUGCUCUUCUCCAAGCUUUAGUUUUCUCUGUUUCCAACCCCAAGAUUCUUUGGAUAGACUGAUUGAUGAUUUCAGUUCUAGAGCUUUUUUCUCACUUAGAUUAGAACAAUCUUUCAAAUUUGGAAGAGAUGCCAAAUAAAUGACUAAGCCAAAAGGAGUUGUCAGAAAAUAGAGAAAUAGAUAUUUUUAAAUUAAGCCAUAGAGAUUCCAGAAUUGCCCAAGAAUAUUCGUUAAUGGAGAGUCAAGCUUCUUGUCAGCCAGAAAUCCCGUGGUUCAUUAUUCUUUUAAUUUCACAAGCACAUUCCUGGGCAAGAAAACCCACCAUCCAGUUCACAGAUCGGAGCUGCUCUGUGUGGGUGGAGGUGGGGAGAGGAAGAGGCCAGUAAAUGAAAACAUGCUCCUCUAUUUUUAGAUUUCCUCACAAAUGUGAAUUUUGCCCAGAAAUUUGGCUUUCACUUCUCUGAUUCCUGGAGAACUUUUUUUUUACAGACUGCAGAGAAGGCUGUUAAACCAAACCAUCAGGGUCAGAAGGUUUUUUAGUUCAUCUCAGUGAUGGGUGUUUGGAUUUAAUUCUGGUUCCAUCUCUCUCUGUCAAACUCUCCCUUUCGGGGGAAGGCCACGUUAAUAGUGGCAAUGUUGCCUAAAAUAGUCACUUCCCCUCCCACCCCGACCUUUAAAAAAAUGCAGUUGGACAAACACAUUUGUUGCUCCAGUCCCUUGUUUUUAAUCUAUGUUGGCCCUAUUGUUCUAUUCAUUAGGUGAGGAGGUUCUCCCAUUGGGGCGAUAAAACCAAAUGGGCAUAAACAGUAUUAAGAGUGUGUGAGAAGCACUUAUUUUUGUACUUUUAGUACAACGUUUGUAUAGAAUUCUCACUGUGAACUUCCAGAAUACAGUGAGUCAAAAUGACAUCAUCUACAUGUUCAGGGAAGCGAUCAUUGGGUUGGAAUAAAUAAACAUAAUGGGCGCCUUGGAAUUAUAAAUCAAAUGGACUACCAAGUAUUGUAAUAUGUUGUGUAAUUCUAGAUUUGUUAGAUGCUGUUAAUUGACUCAUAAAGUAAUAUUAAAAUGCUGAAAUUAAA